ACAACCCCUUUCGGAUCAAUACUGACUGCGGAUAAGUUAGAGAGGUAUCAGUGAGAGAGACGUGAUCCAUCUGUUUGAGAGAUCGUAUCGAAAGGGAAGCAUAUUUACGCUCACGUGCGCUAGCCCUGACUCUCCCUAACCCACAGUUUACGUAACUCACUGCACAGUUAGAGAGGUCGGUAGUUGCGUAUUUGGAACAAGUCAGUAGAAAUAACACCAUCAAUAUGGAUUCAAAUCACCUGUGGAAGAUCUUAAUGGGAAUGACAUUGUCGCUGCUGGUUGUGGGAGCACGUGUAGAUAUUAACCCUAUCAUGAGAACCAGUAUAUCGGAAUGUCCGCAGAAUGCCGUGUGUGCCAAUAUCUUUAGGACAAGCCAAAGUGAUAAUCCCUACAAGGACAGGAUAAUCAUCAAUUGUCGCUGCCCUGUCGAGGACGGAAUGACCGAAAGUGAAGACAGCGUGGGAGGAGGAUGUCCAUAUAGGGCGCCUAACGCAAACAAUUCUGUUUACCAAUCACAAAGACACCGGGAGGUGUUAUGUCGUCAGGAUUUGCGUGAGUGCGUAGGAAACGAGAUUGCUCGAGAACGGAAUUCAGACAUCAAUGGACGACUUUAUUUCGCUGUGUAUUGUCGAUGUCCUUACCACCAACGGCCAAAUGAAUUGGAAAACAGGAUGAAGGCCACGGUGCCUCAUUACUUGUUCACAACCAGAUACGUUUGCAACAGGUCCUAAGGUGGCCCACAGCAAGGUUAAACAAUUUGUGUACACCCAGUGUCUGUCCAGUAAACACCCGUGACUCUGUGAUUGGAGGACGAUUUGUGAGACUGUUGUUUCAUACCAUCUUACGAUAAGAAAAGCUUAUAUUAUAUUUCACGCGUUUACCUGCUGUGAACAGUACCUUUAGAAAAGUGUAAUUCAUUUUAACCUAGUACCAUAUCGUGUUCUGUUUCUCUGUACAUAGACUGUUGUUACGAAUUAAAAUUGAUUGACAGGAAUGUUAA